AUGUCCCCGUCCUCUGACACUAAGUCGAAGGUUAUCACCACCUUCCUCGACCAUCCCACUUUCUCAUGUGCGCAAUGCGCUGCGGUGAUAGCUCUACAAGACGAACUGAUAAGCAAGGCGUUCUCAGGACGUGACGGCCGCGGCUACCUAAUGCACUCCGCAGUGAACCUGAAGAUGGGCAAACGGGAGGACCGCGCGCUGCUGACGGGCGUGCACACCGUUGCGGACGUGUACUGCUUGGGAUGCAACGACCGUAUGGGAUGGUACUACCAUAAGGCCUCCGACCACUCCCAGAAAUACAAGGAAGGCAAGUACCUUCUUGAGCGGGAACGACUUGUGAAGGAGAACAACUGGAAACUCGAUGAUGCGCCCUCAGGUUGA